CCUUCUCUCGCUGUUAGUCUCACAGUCAGCAAGCCCCUACACUAAACGACUUGGAAUUUGGGCCUGUCUACAAUACUUGGAAAUAUGUCUUCCUCCAACACUGACCAGCGCCUGGAGCAUCUCCUCAGCGCCGUGGAGAGCGAGUUCCAGAAGGGCAGCGAGAAAGGCGACGCGUCCGAGAGGGAUAUUAAACUGACGCUGGAUGAUGCAGACUUAUGGAACAAGUUCAAAGAGUUAACCAACGAGAUGAUUGUCACCAAAACUGGAAGGAGGAUGUUCCCGGUGCUGCGGGCCAGCGUCAGCGGCCUGGACCCCAACGCCAUGUACUCGGUGCUGCUGGAUUUCGUGGCCGCGGACAACAACCGGUGGAAAUACGUGAACGGAGAGUGGGUCCCCGGCGGCAAACCGGAGCCCCAGAGCCCCAGCUGCGUCUACAUCCAUCCGGACUCCCCAAACUUUGGAGCGCACUGGAUGAAAGCGCCCGUCUCCUUCAGCAAAGUCAAACUCUCCAAUAAACUCAACGGGGGCGGACAGAUUAUGCUGAAUUCUUUGCACAAAUACGAACCAAGGAUACACAUUGUGAAGGUCGGAGGCAUCCAGAAGAUGAUCAGCAGCCAGUCUUUCCCUGAAACACAAUUCAUCGCCGUCACCGCUUACCAGAACGAAGAGAUCACUGCCCUGAAGAUAAAGCACAAUCCCUUUGCCAAGGCCUUCUUGGAUGCCAAAGAAAGGAGCGACCAUAAAGACGUCCCUGAUCACGGCGCAGACAACCAACAGUCUGGCUACUCUCAGCUUGGAGGUUGGUUCCUCCCAGGCCAGAGUCCUAUCUGCCCCAGCAGCAGCCCUCCUCAGUUCAGUGGCACAGCAGGCCACUCCUCUGGCUCCUACUGCGAGCGCUACUCCAGCCUGAGGAGCCACAGAGCGGCCCCAUACCCCAGCCACUACCCCCACCGCACCUCCAGCACGAACAACUACAUGGACAAUGCUUCGGGGACUCUGCCCACUCAUGACAGCUGGUCUGCUCUUCAGAUCCCCAACUCCACCGGCAUGGGCACCCUGUCCCACUCCACCAACUCCACAUCUAAUUCCAGUCAGUACCCCAGCCUAUGGUCAGUAGCCGGCACCACCCUCACCCCUUCAGGCUCAGCCUCAGGCUCCAUACCUGGAGGUCUGACCUCCCAGUUCCUGAGGGGCUCCUCCUACACGGGCCUGACCUCCUCACUGCCCGUCUCCUCGCCAUCCUCCAUGUAUGACCCCAGCCUGAGCGAGGUCGGCGUCGGAGAGGCCCAGUUUGAGAGCUCCAUCGCCAGGCUGACCGCGUCCUGGGCGCCUGUGGCUCAGAGCUACUGAACAGGAGGCAUCUGUGGAGGCUUUAGGAGCACGAUAAAGACAUAUAUAAAAGAUCCCGAAGAAGACGAAGUGUGACGAGACCUACAAGGAUCUGUUCUGGUUCCUGUUUCUGAAAAAUGUUUCAUUCCAGAGUCUCUAAUUUAAAUAAAAGCGUAAAGUUAGGCAGGAGUCACGCUGAACAAAGUCGAUGUGUGUAAAGACAGAACUUGAAAGACAAUCAUCUCCAUCCAUGUCGGAGAACUCCGCAGUAGAAUAAUAAGCCUUAGAAUAGCUGCGUGGUCAGAACUCUUCUCUGCUCUUAGCAAUUCCCACAAUGCCUGUUACACAUUUAUGUUUAUGAGGCGUCGACAUGUUUAUCACACUUUUAAAACCUCCCUUUGCUCCACACGAUGAACUGAUCACUCCCUGAUCUUUUUGUUUUUAUUCUUAAAUAUAUAAGACGAAAGAAUUCUGCUAACAAAAAGGUGUAUAUGUGUGUAAAUAGAAUAAAUUAACGUCCAGUGUUUUCCAUAUAAAUGUGCCUUUUCUGAUUGCAAUAAAUGUUCCACACAAGUGCCUUCUGC